CAUUUUUGUAAAGACCAUAAAUAUACAAGUUCGACCCUCUCCUUAUGACAAAGAUCUUUCCUAAAAUCUAAUGGCGUUUCAAUUGCACGUAAACUUGUAGAUUAAUCAGAGUUGUUUACUCUGGUAGAAAUUGACGUAGAUUAAGAAUUAAGGUGAAGGAGAAGACCUUUGCUGAUCUUCAGGUUUACCAAGCUUUACAAUGUGGCCGCUUUAAUCUUGUGAUACUUUAGAGAUACGUCUGCUGUUGACUGUAGAACAUCAAAGCCUGGAUAGCGCACCUGGUCGUCUGUUUACCUGCUAGUAAAAGGCAAUGCUUAUGAUGUGACCACAGAUUCUUCACGGGAUGGUCACCUUCGAGGAUGAGUCUAACUCCAUUCAGACGGAGACGUAUCUGACGACAUCUUAGUCCUAGAAUACCUUCCAACACCAUAUCUAGUUCUUCAACUUCUGUAGACGUAAAAAAAUGUUUAUGAAACAGAUGCCCACCACAUGUAGCAUGGUCAUGUUCAGUGUAACUACAUGUAGCAUGGUCAUGUUCAGUGUAACUACAUGUAGCGUGGUCAUGUUCAGUAUAGCUACAUGUAGCGUGGUCAUGUUCAGUGUAACUACAUGUAGCAUGGUCAUGUUUAGUGUAACUACAUGUAGUGUGGUCAUGUUUAGUAUAAUUACAUGUAGCGUGGUCAUGUUCAGUAUAAUUACAUGUAGCGUGGUCAUGUUUAGUGUAACUACAUGUAGCGCGGCCAUGUUCAGUAUAACUACAUGUAGCGUGGUCAUGUUCAGUAUAGCUACAUGUAGCAUGGUCAUGUUUAGUGUAACUACAUGUAGCAUGGUCAUGUUUAGUGUAACUACAUGUAGCGUGGUCAUGUUCAGUAUAGCUACAUGUAGCGUGGUCAUGUUCAGUAUAGCUACAUGUAGCAUGGUCAUGUUUAGUGUAACUACAUGUAGCGUGGUCAUGUUCAGUAUAGCUACAUGUAGCGUGGUCAUGUUCAGUAUAGCUACAUGUAGCAUGGUCAUGUUCAGUAUAGCUACAUGUAGCGUGGUCAUGUUCAGUGUAACUACAUGUAGCAUGGUCAUGUUUAGUGUAACUACAUGUAGUGUGGUCAUGUUUAGUAUAAUUACAUGUAGCGUGGUCAUGUUCAGUAUAACUACAUGUAGCAUGGUCAUGUUCAGUAUAAUUACAUGUAGCGUGGUCAUGUUCAGUAUAAUUACAUGUAGCGUGGUCAUGUUUAGUGUAACUACAUGUAGCGUGGCCAUGUUCAGUAUAACUACAUGUAGCGUGGUCAUGUUCAGUAUAGCUACAUGUAGCAUGGUCAUGUUUAGUGUAACUACAUGUAGCAUGGUCAUGUUUAGUGUAACUACAUGUAGCAUGGUCAUGUUCAGUAUAACUACAUGUAGCGUGGUCAUGUUCAGUAUAGCUACAUGUAGCGUGGUCAUGUUCAGUAUAGCUACAUGUAGCAUGGUCAUGUUUAGUGUAACUACAUGUAGCGUGGUCAUGUUCAGUAUAGCUACAUGUAGCGUGGUCAUGUUCAGUAUAAUUACAUGUAGCGUGGUCAUGUUCAGUAUAACUACAUGUAGCAUGGUCAUGUUUAGUGUAACUACAUGUAGCGUGGUCAUGUUCAGUAUAAUUACAUGUAGCGUGGUCAUGUUUAGUGUAACUACAUGUAGCGUGGUCAUGUUCAGUAUAACUACAUGUAGCGUGGUCAUGUUCAGUAUAGCUACAUGUAGCAUGGUCAUGUUUAGUGUAACUACAUGUAGCAUGGUCAUGUUUAGUGUAACUACAUGUAGCAUGGUCAUGUUUAGUGUAACUACAUGUAGCAUGGUCAUGUUCAGUAUAAUUACAUGUAACGUGGUCAUGUUUAGUGUAAUUACAUGUAGCGUGGUCAUGUUUAGUGUAACUACAUGUAGCGUGGUCAUGUUCAGUAUAACUACAUGUAGCGUGGUCAUGUUCAGUAUAAUUACAUGUAGCGUGGUCAUGUUUAGUGUAAUUACAUGUAGCGUGGUCAUGUUUAGUGUAACUACAUGUAGCAUGGUCAUGUUCAGUAUAACUACAUGUAGCGUGGUCAUGUUCAGUAUAAUUACAUGUAGCGUGGUCAUGUUCAGUAUAAUUACAUGUAGCGUGGUCAUGUUCAGUAUAAUUACAUGUAGCGUGGUCAUGUUUAGUGUAACUACAUGUAGCAUGGUCAUGUUUAGUAUAACUACAUGUAGCGUGGUCAUGUUCAGUAUAAUUACAUGUAGUUUGACCUUGGUGAAUUACAUUGACCUUUAGCAGUCAGAUGACAAUUGCCUUGAUCCCCAAAUAUGAAAUGUUAUGUGAAGUUCAAAACUUAUGACCACUGUUAAGGUUGGGGACAAAGAAUAAGACAAAGUGACAGACAGAAUGAAGAACUGGGUCAUUGAUUAAAAAGACAUACAGGUUUUUCACUCAUUGUAAAAUGCAUCUAGUAGAACAGGAUUUGUAAGUGCAAUCAGGCAGGUAAUAAAUAUAUGGUUUACUUUGUUUGGUACCAAAUACAAAGUUUGAUUUCAACAUGAUGACUUGUAUGUACAGUAUAAUAUCAAAUUGUAAACCACUCAAAUGCUGUCCAUGCAAUAUGCAAACAUUUCUCUUUCACAUAGACACAGUUUGAGUUUGAAAUUGAAAUUAAAUAUCUCUCUUUCCUUAGAUGGAAAGAUUUAUGAAGUGCUAUAAAAUAUUAUCUGAUAGUUGCAACUCUGCGCUAAAGUAAUGUACAAGUGAGGGUUAGGCCUACAACGUGUAUGCAUAUCAUAUUCAAUAAUUUUACAUGUGAAAUAUAUUAUAUUCAAGUAUGAUUUAUAUUGGAUUAAAUAUUUUGGGAACUGUUGGAAAAUUAAGCAGUAAUUAAAAAUUUUACGAUUUGACAAAAAAAUCUGAAUUUUCCGAAAUCGUGUUUCUUGGCAACGUGUGCAUGUAAAGAAAAGAGUUUUUUGUUUGGUUUUUUUUUUAAGAUAAAAAAAAUUCCUAUUCAAUAUAUUUGUUGACUUGCACCUUGUCCUUUUACGACAAGAUGACGGAUUUAUAAGCACAUAAAUUGAAUUUAAAGCAGGGGUGCCGCUCUGUACCCUAUGUUUAAAACUUGCGUUUUCAAUUUUUUUUCAAUCCAGCUUCCAAUAAACAUACGUGAUUAGAAAGCUUUUAGUAUUUGUAACAAUAAUUCCUGUGUUUUCUUCGUAUCGGAAGUAAUCAGCUAAACUAGCAACACUUCAGCAUUAUGAAUUUGUGAAUAAAACAUCGUGAUAGUAAUAACUGAAUUUUAGAAAUCGUGUUUUAAUGAUGAUUUCGUAGCACCUGGCUUGGAAAAUUAAAGAGAAAAAAACCCUGAACUAUAUAAAUUAAAAUCAGAUCUGUUCAUUGUGGUAUUAACACUAUCCACGUCCUUCGCUCUUUACGUAUAUCCUGACAAUUGAGAUGUAUAUAAAGCACUAAAUAAUCACAACUAGGUACUGAAAAUUUUCACCCCAGCCUGGGGUCGAACCAGCGACCUACGGCACCCACCGCCUAGCAAGACUGUCAAACCAGUGCGUAAGUCCACUCGGCCACAACGACUUCCCUAAAAAGGAAGUUUUGUUAUACACACUGAUGCAAUCUCACACAGUCGCUGUGUCAUUCAGUGUUUAAGAUAUUUUAUAAGGAGAGUGGAUCUCUCGAUGCAAUUGUAUAGAAUAUUUAAUAUAAAGCACAAACAAACAAUUAUAACACCCAACCUUACGUUUACCCCUAGGAUCUAAACGAUACAUGUGAUAAUCAAUUAAUUAUAUAUAAAGCAAUUAAUUAUAUAUAUAUAUAUAUAUAUAUAUAUAUAUAUAUAUAUAUAUAUAUAUAUAUAUCUGUAAAAUUGAUAAUUGGUAGUUGGCGUUUUAUUGUUUUUUCUACUUUCUUUUAAUUAUAUAAAGGCUCUCGGUGUCAUUAAGUUUUCCGUGUGCUAAGGACGAUGUUGUCAUGAACGUAGAUUUCUAUCGAUGUUGCUUCCGUUUUAUUGGUUUUAGCCCCAAAAUACCGCGACUUGUCAAAACAUAAAAGAAAAAAAUGUUAAUUGAACAAGACUCCCGUUCUUCUGUCGAUCGCCACCAGUAGACAGUCCUGAUUACGGAGGUCAUGCUCAGGAUUAUGGCUUAUUAUUUUUACCUCUCAAAACUGCGCCUCGAAGACUGAAAUUUUAAGUCCCAAGAUCACGUCAUAGAGUUUGGAAUUCCUUCUGUAAAAAAAAAAACCCCAAAAUUUUGUGCAUGAAAAUUCACACACACAUGCGCGCGCGCGCGCACACACACACACAUAUGUCUGUGUUUGUUUGUAUGUGUGUGAAGUCGAUAAAAACAUGCUACACCCACUUCUGAAAUAUUGUCUGUAAUUGAAAACUAAUUGAAGAUAGUUAAUUGUUUUCACCACGUUCUAACUUUAAACUGCUACAGUAUACGAACUUGGGUUCUAAGUAUUCAUAAAAUGACAAUUUGUCUUUCUUUUCCUGAGACAGAGUAAUACUUUUAACAGUGAUUGGAUUACGAUAUACUUCUCGUACACGAGCAGAUUACUGGGAACUUUAUGGAUUAUAAGAAUGAAGAUAACGACGAUAUGUCCGGAACAAGUGGAUCCAUUAGGAGCGUGAGAUGAAGUGGAACAGUGUGAUAUUUGGACUCCUGUGGAGUAUUUUCAUGGCCAAUCUGGAUUUCUCCUCGAGUGCCGACUUUUUUUCUGACUCCUCACUGCUUGGGAAAAGUCGCUUUCAAGACACGCCAUCAUUUGUUGAAGAGCCUGCUUUAUCCUACUACAUAGUCCGGACAAAACCAGCUGUUGUUUCCUGUAAAGCCAUCAAUGCUGUCCGCAUCAACUUUCGCUGUGCUGAGCAGUGGAUGGAACCCACCAGAGUGGAAAACAUAGUCAAUCGGACAACAAGCACAAAGAUUUUAUCGGCCAUUGUCAAUGUGGAGCGAGCUGAUGUGGAGGAGUAUUUUGGAGGGGACUUUUGGUGUGAAUGUUUUGCCUACAACACUCACAGUGGGCCAGAUGGAGUGAAUGGAAAAAAAAGUAGAAGGGGCACAAUUGAAAUUGCAUACUUACGAAAGAGGUUUCAACGAGAGCCAUUGAUGACCAGAGCUGAGGCUUCUAAAACAACCCUGUUGUGGUGUCUGCCGCCAGAGGGCAAACCUUUACCAGAGGUGUUUUGGUUGAAGGAUAAUGCUGAGGUCAAUGUUAAGAAUGACAAGAACUUCAUCAUCUCUAGCACUGGAGACCUGCUCAUCAGUCAAGCACACCUCAGUGACAUGGGAAACUACACCUGUGGGGCCAGAAAUCUUGCAGCUAAAAGGCUCAGUGAAUCUGCCCCUCUUAUUGUUUAUGUCAAUGGGAGCUGGUCAUCUUGGAGUUCAUGGUCAGAGUGCUCCGCCAAGUGUGGACGAGGAGAAACAAGAAGAGUGAGAACAUGCUCCAAUCCAACACCUCUCAAUGGUGGUGCCCCUUGUCAGGGGGAGAGUGUCCAGUUCUUGCCAUGCAGCAUAAUUUGUCCAGUGGAUGGAAAAUGGAGUGCUUGGUCCUCCUGGUCAACAUGCAACACAGAGUGUCAACAUCAUAGAAAGAGGUUUUGUGAUGACCCUCCAGUAGAAUAUGGUGGAAGUUAUUGCCGUGGCAACGACCUCGAUUCAGAAAAUUGCACUGGAGGAUUGUGCAGAGGAAAACGAAUAGAGAUAUUCGGUCCCUCCCCAACUAAUCCCACAAUUGCAGACACUCAGAGUCCAGAUGACGUCCGAGGAAUUGGCAGUGAGGAUUCAGAACAUGGGCAAGUGGGACGGAAUCCUUCACGAGAAGCAACCAGUACAUCCAGCAGCAAUGACACCCUGAUUAUGAUCAUUGGACUUUGUGUUGCUGUCGUUGUCUUUGUAGUAGUGAUUGCCAUUGUUGUUUUCCUGCUGAGAAGAAAGUACCGAAAUCAAGGUUACCUUGCAGGGAAUAUUCCACCACUGGAUAAUAAUGGAGAGAAAAAGAACAAGAAUGGGCAAGACAUGAUGUCAGUACAGCCAGACUUGACUCAGCAGGUGGUGGUGUUUCCACAGCACAGUGCCUCUCCAAGUCCCUCUGUGGACACCCCCAACAAUAACUACCCUCCAGUGGAAAACAUCUAUGACAAACCAGAUGUAGGACUGCCCAUAUACACUGAUCAUAGACUAUCUAAUGGGUCCGUGCUCAAUAGAUCCUCCCCAGAACUGCCUCCACCUAACACUCCAUUAGGGAUGAGUUUAAGACCCCCUACUCCACCUAAUGCAAUGGAUAGUCGACACUCUAUAUUGUCAGUUCAUCUACCACCUAAUGCUGACUCAGAAGCUGUGACAUGGGGGUCGUUCAAUCAUGCUGGUGGCAGACUAGUUCUCCCAGAGUCUGGUGUGUGUAUGACCAUUCCUGAAGGUGCUGUAAAGAGAGGUCAAGAAGCAGAGCUUUAUCUUGGAGUUUGGAGAGACGACACCAACAGACCAAAAAUAGCAGAUGGGCAGACUAUUGUCAGCCCAGUUAUAGUGUGUGGGCCAAACUUACCAGGAAUCCUAAUGAAACCUAUUAUUUUGUCCUUUCAUCACUGUGCCAGUAUGAGACAAGGUGGCUGGAUGCUUUCUUUAUUUAAUAGUGAUACACAGCCAGAGGAAGCUCCAUGUUGGCAGAAAUUGGUCACUCUGGGACAAGAAACCAUAAACACUCAAGUGUAUGCACAGCUUGAUCCCAACCAGUGUCACAUCAUGACAGAACACAUGCAAUGGUACUCUCUUAUAGGAGAAGCAGUCCCUGGUGGUAGGCCAGUCAAAAUUCUCCGACUAGCAGCUUUCGCCUCUAACACCCCCCCAUCUGUAGACUUCAGUAUACGUGUUUAUGUUGUUGAGGACACCCAUGAUGCCUUAGAGGGAGUCAUGCAGGAAGAGAGGAAGUUUGGAGGCAGGUUGCUAGAAAAGCCAAAGCAGAUUCCAUUCCAAGAUGGUGGACACAAUUUGUGUCUAACAAUAGAAGAGUUAACACCAGGCUGGAGGAGUAAGCUGGCCGCUAACUACCAGGAGAUUCCAUUCCAGCACAUUUGGAGUGGGAACCAGAAUAAUCUCCACUGUUCCUUCUCCCUGGAAUUGGUGGAGGGCUCCAGUCCCAAUGUCAGCUGUAAGAUCCAAGUCUACCAGAAAGCCAUGCUUAACAAUAGACAAGUCCUCAACAUACAGAAUAACUUUAACAAAGAGAAACUUCCAUCUUGUUCCACCCCAUCAUCAACUCUGAAAGGCCGGACAUCAACAGUUACCACUAAUUCCAGCUCAGGAUUCAGUUCUAUGUUAACGCUAGAACCCCAUGCUAACAAUUUCAGAUUGCCCUCCCAUAUACGACAGAAGUUAUGCUUGUUGUUGGAUCAGCCCAAUGCACGAGGAAAUGACUGGAGGAUGUUGGCCCAAGCACUCACAGUUGAUAGAUAUGUACAGUAUUUUGCCACAAAGAGUUCCCCAACAGAUCACAUACUGAACCUGUGGGAAGCCAGGCAUAGAGAGGAAUCAGCUGUGACCGAUCUUAUGAACAUUUUCCGUGUCAUGGGGCGAAUGGAUGCUGCCUCAGUGAUGGAGAAAGAUGUGGGAGCGUGGUUAUGAUCCAGAGAACUGGGGGACAGCAGGCCUGUCCUUGUGAUAUCAGAAGUCCCAGCAAUCUCCCAGAGUCUAUUCAAUGGUUUACGGGCAGCUGAUAAUGGAAAUGGAUCUCUCCUUAGAUUCUCGACUUGCCCUCUUUUUUGUAGUGCUAGCAGCUUGUUGGCUACAGAUGGUCAAGAAUAGUCAAUUCAGAAAGUGGAAAAAGUUGGUUCCAAACUAGAUCAUGUGAUAAAUCAUGACUGCAAACAAAUUAUGAGAUGAAUUAUAUCUGGGAUGGUAGCAUAGAGGUGGACAUGUUGAUUUUCCUGGUGCUGUGUUUAGUCAGACAAACAGAUGAUAUGAACAAGAAAGCAGCUGUUCUGAUGCAAUAAAAUAAAACAAUGCAAAUCUCAUCUGAAAAUUUAAAAAGUGCUACAGCAUAGAGACUAGUAAUAGGACCAAUGGGAAAGAACCCCUGUGUUCCCUUAAAAUGUGAUAUUUUUUCUGCCAUGAUCAUCAUGGACAUUUGAAAACAUACACAUGCUGACUGUGAUUAUUGGUUUUUGUCACACAUGUGCAUGAGUGAGUCGUAUUGCCAAAAUGUAGAAGAAAAUCCAUAAAUGUAAAAUCUGCUGAUGAUUAAGAAUAUUCAAUUCAGAUACACAUAUGCAUGUUUGUGUUGCUAAGGUUGUAACAUUUUAAAAAGUGGUUAUUAGAAAAAGGCAACUUAUGUAACUCGAAACUGAGCAUGGAGAUUGACAUGUGUUAUUUAUGCAUUAUAUGUUGAACUUUUUCUAGUCAUUUAACGCCUUAAAUGUGUACACUUGUUGAUGUAUCAUUCAGCAAAAUGAAGCGUUCUUUUCCACAGUAGUGAAAAACCAUGUGUAGUUUACAUUAUGUAAAGUUUAACGACUAUUGUCUUUCAUUGUGAUUAUUUCAGAUUUAUUUAUUCCAUAUUAGAUUCUUUCAAAUUUGUUCAAAUUACAUCACUCUUGUUCAGCAAAUUUUGUACAUCAGCGAGAGCUUUUGAAAUGUGUGCUUGUUUGUAGAAAUGUGCUGGAAAUGAGCUUAAACAGUGCAUAAUUGAGUGUGUCUAAUAAUGUGCAAUGAAUGAGUGAACAGUUUGGAAUUGUAUGAUGCAAGAAAUUUGUGAUGUGGUACCAGUAUGUUAGGUACAGCAUGAAAGGUGAAAGGUGGUUAUUUUGUGCAAUGGUAAAUUUCAGAUACAGGUUUGUAUCAUGAUAAGCUUAUAAUCUUUUAUGGAGUAUUUCUCAAAGAGGUCACAUAUUUUUUGAAGGUGCUAAUGUAUGCAGUUUUGAUUAAUCAAUUAUAAUCCAAAAUCUAUUGAUAAUUUCAUUUCCAAAGACAAUUCGUCAUUUUAUUUAAAAAAUCAAUAUUGGAAAUAUGAAAAGACUGGGAAAAGUUUUUUUUUUAAUGUUUCUCAAUUCUAAGCUGCAUUAUUAACUGUAGAUACAAGUUCAAAUGUGAAUUUCAGAAAGUUAUGUUUGGAAUACUAUCUUAUAAUAAAAAUAGGACAAGUUAUUUCAAAUUUCGAUUUAUCAAUUCCUUUUUUUGAAACACAUCUUGCUGCAAUAAAUGAAGUAUUUUCAAUGAUGAUGGUAAAAAGUUUCUGAAACUGUGUCAUCAAUUUCUCUGCAGUUGUUCAAUGUCUUACUAGGAUUAUUGCUAAGAUUUUUUUCCUCAAAAAUACAAUGAAUUACAAAGUGUUUUGUUACCUUCUGUUCUUUGGAGCAGUUAUUAUUGCCAAAUAUGUGACUGAGACAUUAUUCUACUUUCAUAAUAUUAUGUAUGCAUUAAGAAGAUUUGUAAAUAAUUAUUAUCAUGUGAAAAAUAAAUGAUUAUAAACUUG